GCGAUGGAUGAGACGACGGAACGGAUAGAUAGACAGAAAAUUGAGAAACAGAGGAGAGCUAGAGAGAGAGAGAGAGAAGCAAUUCUUGGUGACUCACACACGCACACACAAGCAAAGAAGAGUUCUCUCUGCCCUGCCGAUUCGAAUCUCCUCUUUCCCUUCACCGGCCGGCGAUCGGAGGAGCAUCGAUUGGAGAGCUGCUUGCGGUGAGGAGAAGAAGAAGGAGCCGGCUAUUGCGAGAAGUCAACACCUCUCUCUUCUUUCUGCAGACGGUUUUUGGGGGCGGAAAAGUGGAGAGGGGAGUGUUGCGUUCGGAUUAAGGAAACAGGAGGGAGGGAGAAUAGAAGAUGAAUUUGGAGAGAGCGACGGCGGCGGCGGCGGGGACGGCGACGGCGACGGCGGCGAAGGGGUACGGGAGCGCGGAGAGCGAGUACAUUCGGAGGCACCAUAGGCAUGAUCCUAGCGAGCAGCAGUGCAGCUCCGUUCUAAUCAAGCACAUCAAAGCUCCGGUUCAUCUGGUUUGGUCCCUGGUUAGGAGAUUUGAUCAGCCACAGAAGUACAAGCCAUUCAUAAGCAGAUGUGUAGCGCGGGGAAACCUCGAGAUCGGGAGUCUCAGAGAAAUCGAUGUCAAGUCGGGGCUUCCAGCUACUACCAGUACCGAAAGACUAGAGCUUCUUGAUGAUGAGGCACAUCUCCUCAGCAUGCGCAUUGUUGGUGGCGAUCACAGGCUAAAGAACUAUUCGUCGAUAGUCUCUCUGCACCCGGAGAUCCUUGAUGGAAGGCCAGGGACGCUGGUGAUUGAGUCGUUCGUGGUGGAUGUGCCUGACGGGAACACCAAGGACGAGACUUGCUACUUCAUUGAAGCUCUGAUUAAAUGCAACCUGAAAUCGCUGGCCGAUGUGUCUGAGCGACUUGCAGUACAGGACAGGACCGAGCCGAUCAAUAGGGUCUGAGAGCGAGUGUGGGAGGCAUUUCAGCUGCACACUGCUGUCCGAGAGACCGUGAUAAGAAGCACGCACAUGAUUGCAGAGGAUGAUGGAUGAAUGAAGCUCUGGAGGACUGCUCUCGUGUAAGAUUUGGUUCCAUUGGAGAUGCUGCUGCCGGCUCUUUAACUUGCAAUGCUGCUGGGGUUUCUUUAAUCCCAGUAGAUGAUCAGUGACCACAUUGUUCUUUUUUCUUGUAAUCCCUCAUUUUAUCACGCUCAUGAACUGAGAGAAGAGUGAAAAUGGAAACUCCGCUCCCUUCGUUUUUUUCUUCUUCUUUUUCGUCCCACCAUGUUCAGCGUCUGGUUUGUUCUUCCAGUUCUUGUGAAUCAUGUGUAGUAGUUGCUGUUGAUGUACAUAGCGCUUGCUUGACAUCAGAGCACCUUGCUCUUUGGUUUUUGGUUUAUUACUACUAGUGUAACUCUAGAGACUAGAGGGUAGUGCGAUUUGGGCAAAAAACUCGAUUUAGUGUAGAAAUGAACUCUUGUUGCUUGUUGUUGAAGGUACCUAUCGAAUGUAGCUGUUUAAGAAUCCAUCUUCUUGUCUUUCUGCAGUUACCAAUCCUCUCUCUUCUUUCUAUCAGCCAGUUUACUGAACCAAUACGAUGGC